AUGAUUCUUCAGAGGUUCUUCAGGUUCUCCUUGGCCAUUCAGUCUGCGAUCUCAGUCUAUCUGAGGAGGAAUAUUGGCGUGACAGCAGUGGCAUUUAAGGAGCUUGAUCCUGUACAGAAACUCUUUGUGGACAAGAUUAGAGAAUACAAAACUAAGCGACAGUCGUCUGGAGGACCCGUUGACACUGGCCCAGAGUACCAGCAGGACUUGGAGCGGGAGCUGUUUAAGCUUAAGCAGAUGUUUGGUAAAGCAGACAUGAAUGCAUUCCCUGACUUCAAAUUUGAAGAUCCCAAAUUCGAAGUCAUCGAUAAACCCUAGUCCUGAAGAAAUGUAAAAUUUAUCUGGUAAUUUUCACUUGAUAAGUUGUGCAAGUGAUCAGAAGUACUGGAAUAAACAUACAUUUCAACAGCUGUCAGAUGUUCUUUAAUUCUGAUUCCAAAUAAAUUAUUUGAUGAUGAAAAAAAA